CUCAACUCGACAAACGGAGCGGAUAUUCUACAUAACUCGUUCCUCAUCAUUUUGAUAAGCUAAGGAAAAAAAAUGCUGACUUCUGCCGGUGUCGGAAUUCCAUUUUUGGUCGACUCUCUUAUUUCACGAAGUUGCACAGAGAAUGAGCCAAUAUUGGCAGAAAUUGUUCUAACCGAAAACAUGUGCAGUCAUACAAUUUGUGGAGUAGUGCAUUUGAAACAGCCAAUAACGAGCAAUACGGAUAGCAUUCAACCAAAAUGGACAUUUUACGCACUUGCGAUAGAACUUGAAGGAAGGGUGACCAUAACGUCGUCACGGGAGAAAUGCGUGUCCCCAAUGCAGGAACUGAAUCCAAAGCUGAAUUCCGAGUUGAUCUGCAACUCGGAAGUUUUUGCACUGGUGGCUGGUUCACCCCAUGGUUUACUUCGCACCGGGGUAAGGCCAAAUACGCCCCAAUUUUUUCUGGAACUUAACCAGACAACGUUUCCCUUUACUAUCCAACUUCCUCAAGGCCAAGGAAAACUUAUGUCAAGUUUAGAAUCUCCGCAUCUCUCAAUUUCGUACGCAUUAGUUCUAUUCGCGCGAACACCUCGGGGCUAUGAUAGACUUGAUUAUCACCCUGUAAAAGUCUCGGACCAAACUUUAGUCACCUUUCCUACCCCGCUUGAACACAUCAUGGUCGAUAAGUCUAAUCAAUCGUUAACCAUUUGGCCUGCAUCCCUACCAAAAUAUAGCUUAGACAAGGACCCAGAUCUGUUUUUUACACUCUUCGCAAAUUUAGACGUUCUCGAUGACAAAAUCGAGCUACUUGUCAAGUUGAUUAACAGCCUAAAGUUUGUCUGGGACACGAUGGACUAUAAUUUGGUGGCGUUUAAGCUAGGACUUCAGGAAGGAAAAUGUGCCAGUCGGAAACAUCGUGGAUGGUUCGUUGAGCGAAAUUACGGAAUCAAAUUGACGCCAAAGGAUAAAUCUAGUAGCGGAUUAACAAUUCAAUAUUUCGUAAAUGCAAACAUAUUUAUGCCGUGGGAGACUGUUCCUAGCGGAACUAUGGAGUUAAUUAGAGAAAUAAGAGUCAGAGCUGGCAGUUUGCCAGUCCCUACACCAAGUCGGGCGCAACGUUCAACCACUAGUGGGCGUCUGUCGAGAUUUCUGUCGGGAUCAGUGUCAUCCUUGAGGUCAUUGUUCCCCCGUCCUACUCAACAAUUUGGUCACGAUGCGAGUCUCUAGCAUCCAUAGAAACACUACCUCCUCACUACGACGAUGUAGCACGUGACGACAAAUAACAGUCUCGGGUGUCAUAUAAGUACAUAUGUGCAUACAUACACUCUAAAUAAUUUUGAAACAAAUCGUCACCCGCGCGCGGAGGUACUAUACUGCUCUAUUUUUGGGUAACGAUGUAGGAGACGUUUUAUCACCAGUCAAAAACUCAUGCACCAAGCACACGUGACGUCGUCCUUUAAAAAAAUUAAUACUGUCAUGUAAAAAAAAGUCUUAUUGUCAGAUAAAAAUGUUCAAUGUUUUUAAUUACGACGUCACGUGUGUUUGAUACACGAGUUUUUGUCUUGUCUCCUAAAUCGUUACCCAAAAAUAGAGCAGUAUAGUACCUCCGCGCGCGGGUGACGAUUUGUUUCAAAAUUAUUUACAGUGUAGAUAAGUACAUCUCAUCAGAGUCUAUGUAAUAUCCCGAAAUACUUUUGAACAGGUUUUAAUUUUAAAAGUUUCCAUUCAGCAUGUAAAAUAUUGUAAAUAUUUAAAAAAAAAAAUGGCUUGUUGGAUGCUUUUGUAACGUAUGUACAUACAUAUUUCUAAAAAAAAGUCUGGAU